AUGUCUUAUGCUUUUGAAGAGAGUAUAGAAAGACUCCCACUUGAAGUUUUACAAUACAUAUUUGUUCUUUCAAAGAAUCCAGAUCUUGCCCUCGUAUCACGAACAUUUCACCAUGUAGCCACUUCACAGACAAGUGUGAAAACGCAAUGGUUGAUGAGAAGAUAUAAUAAUGAUUGUGAAAGAGCAUUAUCACGAGGAUUAAAAUGGAAAUUUUUUAAUAAAGACGUUCUUAAUCAAUUGGAUUUAUUAUAUUCUAGACUUAAUGGUCAAAAUACUAUUCCUUAUGCAAGUAGACCAAUACCUCAAUGGUUUUUUAAAGAACCGGAUCCAAAAGAUAAAAUUUAUAAUUUAGCUAGAAUUCUUCUUCUUGAACGUGGUGCAUCACCAAAUGAAUCUAAUGGUUAUCCAAUUAUACAAUCUGCUCGAUUAGGGAAAAUUAAAAUGGUAAAAUUAUUAAUAGAAGCUGGUGCAAAAGUUGAUAUUCAAGAUAAUAUGGCAUUAUCAGUGAGUGUAAGACAAAAUAAUAUUGAAAUGGCCACAUUAUUAUUAAAACAUGGUGCUAAACCGGCUAAACCAAUUUUGAAGAAUGCCAUAGAAAAAGAUUUUACUGAAAUGAUUCAAUUAUUAAUUGAUAAUGGUGCUGACGUUGGUGUUGAUGAAAUUAAUGCCAUGCCACAUAGACCAUAUAUCACAGAAGACAGAAGAAUUAAUAGUGAUAAUAAUAAUCGAUAUAUUGAAGUUUGA